AUGGAUGGCCAAGAAUGGAGUCCAGAUCAGAAUGAUAUAAUUGCCCAGGAAUGGAAUCCAAAUCUGAAUCAAGUGAUUGGUCAAGAAUGGAAUUAUGAUCAGAAUUAUAUGGAUGACCAAGAAUGGAAUCAUAGUCUGAACCUCGUGACGAAUAACCAAGCAUGGGAUUCAGAUUUCAGCGAUGGUAAUAUUGAUCUUCAAGAAUGGAAUUUCUUUAAAUCUCAAUUCAAUAAAAAUUAUGAAAAUAAUGAAGAAGAACAAAAUAAAAUAAAGGUAUAUUCCGAUAAUAAGAAUAAAAUAAAUGAACAUAAUGCACGUUUCGAACAAGGAGAAGUAUCGUAUGAUUUGAAAAUGAAUCAUUUCGGUGAUUUGACUUACGAUGAAUUUAGUCAAACGCAUCUGAAUAAACUCCAAAUGGGAAAAGAACUGGAUCCUCAACGUUUAGUUUCAAACCCAGAUCCUGAUCCAAAAAAAGCCGAUCACUUAGUUCGAAUUCAUUCUAUUCCUAAAACCUGCGGUACAGCUCCAGAAACGAAAGAUUGGGUCAAAGAAGGAGCUGUGACCGAAGUAAAAACUCAGGGUGUAUGCGGAUGUUGUUGGGCUUUCGCUUCAACUGGUGCCAUAGAAGCUCAACUUUUCAUUCAAACUAAAAAGUUGGUAUCACUCAGCGAGCAAAACCUCCUCGAUUGUGUGGGAGACAGGCACGAUGUGAAUAACACUUGUACAUCAGGUGGUUUGUUGAAUUCAUUUGAGUAUGUUCUACAAAACGAUGGAAUUGAUACAGCCAAAGCAUAUCCAUACACCGGAGUACAAGGUGCUUGCCAUUACGAUUCAAAGACAAAAGGAGGCUCUAUAAAAGAUUUUAAAAGGCUUGCAAAAGAAGAUGAAAAUUUACUGAAAGAAGUUGUCGGUCUUAUUGGACCAGUUGCUUGUGGUUUCAAUAUAGACGAUGCAUUUUUUGUACAAUUCUAUCAAUCUGGUAUAUAUUCGAGCGAUAAAUGCGGUGGCAAUGUGAAUCACGGAGUUCUAGUGGUAGGCUAUGGCACAGAAAACGGAAAGGAUUAUUGGUUGUGUAAAAAUCAAUGGGGCACUUCAUGGGGAGAGGGUGGUUAUUUCAAGGUAGCUCGUAAUUCCAAGAAUAUGUGUGGAAUUGCUUCUGAAUGUUACAUUCCUCUUACUAAAAUUCCGAUGUGCUAGCAUAGCCACAUAUUUUUUAAAAAGUAAAAUGAGAUUUUGUUUUGAAGAAUUAUGCAGUCUCUUUCAUGUGUUUACUUACAUAGGUAUGUACUUAG